AUGGAUUUCCUUAUCCGCAAGACCAUGCUUGCAUGGCGAAAUCGACAUCUCCUUUUCGCCGAACCACAACCCACGUAUCAGCCCCUCUCCACUCCUGAAGAGCUGGAACUUCUUUCCCCAGAUCAUCCCGAAUAUGACCCAGAAAUUGCAAAUCGUCGAACCCGUGUCAGCGAAACUGCAGCGUUUGAUUCUGCACUGAAAGAGAGAUAUGGAAAGAGAGGUGGAUGGGUGGCUGAGAUGCUACCGAGCUGGGAUUGGCUGCGUUGUAUACUGCUCGCGUUUCUCGUUGCGAUUACACCGAGUUUUAUGAGAAAGGGGGAUAAUAAACCGAAGAAACUCCAUCCUACAGCAUGGCUAGAUGGGCUUCGAGGUGUCGCAUCACUGAUGGUCGUAUUCCAUCACUCCUCGGUAUUGUGGUACUGGCCAUUGAACCGUGGAUGGGGAAGCAGUCCUGAGGAUUACCAUUUCAUACAACUGCCCAUAAUUCGACUAUGUUAUUCUGGACCUGCAAUGGUGGCUAUCUUCUUCGUUGUGUCGGGCUUCUCAUUGAGCUACAAAGCACUUUCGCUCACUCGGAAAGGUCGAUAUGAAGAAGUCUUGGACUCACUCUCCUCAUCUGUGCUUCGCCGUGGACUGCGACUUGUACUUCCACCUGCAACAACAACAUUCUUCUCCAUGCUGUUCACCUACUUUGGAUUUUACGGCACAGGAGGUGGGUUUUCCGGCACUGGAUCUAGAGAACCUCCUCAGUCACCAUUUCUCUGGGAACAUCUCAAAUCAUGGUACUACAGCGUAAUAGGGCUCUCUGACCCUUUCCGUCCGAACAACUACCCAGGAGGGUAUAAUCCAGUAUACGAUACUAAUCUCUGGACGAUUCCCGUGGAACUUCAUGGCUCAAUGGUAAUCUUCACCACUCUUUUGGCACUCUCGCGUGUUAGAGGACCUUGGAGGAUAGCCAUAUUAAGCGGGAUCGUCUUCUAUCUCUCUUACUACGCCUAUCCUCAUCUGUUCCUCUUCCUCAGCGGAGUCCUCCUCGCCGAACUUCAUCAUUCACGUGAGAGCAAUUCCCAGCUCCAGAAAUCCCACACGGUCGAAACCACAGACGAUGAGAUCCCCACCUCGGCUUCUCCCUCACUGGCUCCAUCUAAAUGGACAUCAAUGAAGUCCUUAUGGUUAGCCAACUUCUUCCUCGCCUUGUUCAUAAUCAGCAUGCCAGCAAUCGACCUCGGAGCCACCAACUCACCCGGCUAUAUCCUCCUCUCCAGUUACCUCCCUCCCCACUACGCCGGAGUAGAAUAUGUCCAAGACACAUUCUGGAUCUUCAUCGCUGCAUUCUAUCUCGUGUUCAUACUCGACAACGCGCCUUUCCUGCAAUCCAUUUUCACCACUCGCAUAGCGCAGUAUCUUGGCAAGAUCAGUUUCGCUCUGUACAUAUGCCACGGCACUUUUCUGUAUACUCUCGGCUGGAAUCUGAGUGCGAAGACGCUGGAGUGGACGGGGAGAGCGCCUGGCUUGCAGUAUGCGAUGGGUGUUGGAUUAGCGGGAGUGGUGAUGUUUCCUUUGCUGUCUUGGACAGCUGAUAUUGUGGCUAGGGAGGUGGAUGCUAGGAGUGUAAGUUUUGCUAGGUGGUUGUCUGAUAUGAUAUCUGUGAAAGAUUGA